AUGAGAGGAAAUUAUUUUCUAUUUUUUUCGAUGGGUUGUACUAUAAAUAAAGUGUUUAGAUUAUUUUGUGUUUGUUUAUUUGUUUUUCUCUUUUUUCUUGUUAUUCCCCCUUUUACCUCUCUUAUUUAUUUUUCUCUCUCUACUUUGCUAGUCUCGAUUUUAUACUCUUAUUUUUAGCAUUGACAAAUUUUUAUAGGGCUUUUUGAGUUUGUGUAAAUUUUGCAAAAGAAAUUUUGAAUUUUAUUAGGCUUUAAUUAAAUUCUCUAACCUUUUGUAAUUAAACUUCAAUCGUCAGUAUUUCCUUUUUAUAUAAACAAAUUAUCUGAUUUCGAUUAUAGUAUGUAAAUAUAUUCUCGAUUUUCAAGUUUUGAAACAAAAAGUUUAAGGAGAUUCUUCUUUGAUUGGCAAAAAAUUUUAGGACCCGGCUGCAUCAUCGACUCUGAAAGGGCUCACAAGCAGGAUUUAUUUUUAUUCCUCCAACCUCCUCUGCGUUUUAGCCCACGCACCUCCACUAGCAACAUUUAAAUUAAACCAAUUUCUCAUUUAACUCGAAUGUGCUAAUUUCUCCAGGGCACAACCAUAAAAGGUUGUAAAUGAAUUGUUUUAUUUUGUUGUUGUUGUUGCUGUUGUUGUUGUGAUUAUAGUCCCGCCGUGAGACAGCCAAAGUCUCUGCAAAUGCUCCCAUGCACCGC